CAAUAUCAACAAUGUUGAAAAAUAUGAAUACAUUGUUAUUAAAAUUGUUGCCUUUAAUAUUGAUUUUGGGCAACGGUGCUUUUUUGGGGAAGACAUUAAGUGAAAUGAGCUUUAUAUUAGACAAAAGUAUCGCUGCUGAGAAUUUCACCUAACUUGUGCGGUUUUGUCUGUCGGUUGAAAACCAUGGUAUCAGUUGAGACUGUGGGGGUUCAUGGUGUACACGACAGAGCUGAUGAGACAGCGUACACAGUUGAAACACUCCCCCUACUGUCAAAACGAGGAAGUAGACUUUCUGAUACGUUAACAACACCUUUUCGCUUUGUGGUGGAUUGUAAACUCUUCCAACAAUCAGCGAGAGUUAUUUUAUCUCCACCGGAGCUCGUUUUGGUUCCUCGGUGCUUCUCUAACAUAGUAUCGCAGUAACAGCGACGACAGCUCGCUGCGUGGCGGUUUCCGGUGUCCGUCCGUCUGCUAGAGGAUGGCGUCCGGCUUCAACCGCAUCCCUACCACCGCUGGUCCUCCGAGUCCAGAAAACACCGACGGUUUUCGACCAGAGGCCGAAGACGGCCGUGAAAAGCAAUGCUAAGCACCUCAAGUUUUCUCUCCUAGUCUCAGAGGACACGUGUAAACAGAGAUACUGCACUGAGCUCUUGUCAGUGAGCUCAUUACCAUUUUUGAAAACCACAUCCACCAUUCUCUCAGUUUGGGACUGAAAUUCCCCUGUCAUCUCCCGAGUGCUGAGCCCUUGCAUGCGAAGUGGAAGAUGACGGAGGCGUGGCAACAGCAACAGCAUGCAGUGGCUCCACCCUCUGUUGUGCACACGCUUCCCCAAGGGACUGACAACCCUCUGGGUUGCGCUGUGUAUGGAGUCGUCCUGCAGCCAGACACCUCCCUGCAGCAGCCCCAGCAUGGCCAGCAGCAUGCUGUUCAAGCUCAGCAGCCUUCGCUGCAGGUAGGGGGCGAGAGAGGGCACAAGUGCGGAGCCUGUGGCCACGACAUAUCUCACCUGGCCAACCCCCAUGAGCACCAGUGUAUGGUAACUCAAGACAGAUCCUUCCAGUGCACGCAGUGCAUGAAGAUCUUCAGUCAGGCGACAGACCUUUUAGAGCAUCAGUGUGUGCAGGUGGAACAGAAGCCUUUUGUGUGUGGUGUAUGUAAGAUGGGUUUCUCAUUACUCACCUCCUUGGCUCAGCAUCACAACUCACAUGGCAACGGAAACAAUCCAAUGAAAUGUUCCAUCUGUGAGAAAACCUACCGGCCGGGUUCUGGGAACGCAACCCCCACCUCGUCAGCUGCCAACCCUCAGCAGCCCUCCACCGGGGAGACAUCCGGUGGAGGCGCAGCAAUCAGUGCCUCGUCUCCUCCUGCAUUUGAGGCUUCUGCACCAGACAGGCCAUAUAAGUGCUCCGUGUGCCACAAGUCCUUUCGCCAUUUGUCAGAAUUGACACGUCACGAAAGAAUACACACUGGCGAAAAGCCAUACAAAUGUGACACGUGCGAUAAAAGCUUCAGUCAGUCUUCACACCUGGCACACCACCAGCGUACGCACAGCUCAGAGAGACCAUAUAAAUGUGCUGUAUGCGAGAAGAGCUUUAAACACCGCUCCCACCUCGUGCGGCACAUGUACGCUCAUUCAGGCGAGCACCUUUUCAAGUGCAAUUUGUGCGAGAUGCACUUUAAGGAGUCAUCCGAGCUUCUGCAUCAUCAAUGCCAGCCAGAAGGCGAGAGGCCUUUCCGCUGUGGGUCAUGUGGAAAGAGCUUUAAGCGGCCGUCUGACCUGCGACAACACGAACGCACCCACUCUGAGGAGCGACCUUUCCAGUGCGAGGAGUGCCAGAUGAGCUUCAAACAGCAGUAUGCCCUCGUUCGCCACCGUCGCACUCACAAGAACCCAGCUGACCGCCCUUUCAAGUGCAACCUCUGCGAUAAGGGCUUUCUCCAGCCAUCCCACCUGCUGUACCACCAGCAGGUUCAUGGCAUGGAAAGCCUCUUUAAGUGCGCCUCCUGCCAGAAGUCGUUCAGUCAGUCGGGAGAACUUUUGCGGCACAAAUGCGGCGGCGAAGUGGAGAAACCCUACAAGUGCGAUGUGUGCGGCAAAGGUUACAAAAAGAAUUCAACGCUGCAGCGCCACCAGAACUCUCACUGCACAGAGAAGCCGCUAAAGUGCUCGCUAUGCGACAAGCGUUUCGUGUCAUCCUCAGAGUUUGUCCAGCACCGCUGUGACCCGACUCGAGAGAAGCCGCUCAAAUGCCCCGACUGUGAAAAGCGCUUCAGGUAUUCGUCCGAGUUGCAACGCCAUCGCCGCGUUCACACGGGGGAGAAGCCCUUCAAAUGCGCAAGCUGCGACAAGAGCUUCAAGCAGCGUGAGCACCUGGCCAAGCACCAGAGCGUGCACUCGCGUGAGACGCAGUUUAAGUGCGUGUGGUGUGGCGAGCGUUUUGUUGACCUCACAGCCCUGCAGGAGCACACGGUCCAGCACACCGCAGAGGGCGAGAGUUUUCCUGAAGCUCCCUGCAUCCCGUGAGCUGAGCUGCUGCCAAGCCCUGGGCAGGAAAUGUGCCAGCCUCCACUUACUCAUUUGUAUUUUAGAACAUGCCCCCAUUAACUAUGAGUUUUAGCAUCAGUAAUGUUAAGACUUGAUUCAUCCUCUGAGUAAAAGGUAAAUCGCCAGAGGGGGUUAGGCUCCCUCUUCUCCUUUCCUUUUCUUUUUUUUAAUGCAAGAGAAAGAUGUAUAAUGUCAAACGUGGAAAGAUCUUGAUUUUGUUUAAUACUGUGUGGAACCUUAUCCUGUGGUUGCAUGUGGUCGUCUGUUUUGUACCCGUUUGAUUCUGUUAAGAAAGAUGGCAGGAACGUCCCGAUAGUUGUUUCCAGUACAUGUGUAGGCUCCUCUGCAAUCCGUGUGCCUUCAUUUUCUGUUGUUUGUUUUUUCUGUUUUCUUUUUGUUUAUUUUUUUUUAAAUCAAUCAAUCAUUUUGUGGUGUUUAAUUUUAUGUCCAGUAUAGCGCAAAGAAAAGUCCUCCCUUCCAGCAGUUGGCUUGAGCUGCAGUAUCUUUUCACAUGCUAGGUCUUAGGUAGUAUCAUCUGUUUGUGCAUGAAUAUUUAUCACACUUUAAUAUCACUGUUGUAUUAUAGGUUUGAUUUAUUUAGAAAAACACCCAAGAAGAAGGAAAAAAAUACAAGUGGAUUGUGAAAAUGUAUAGCCAGUGUCCUAUGAAAUGUGUGUUGUUGCAUCUUUGUAUUAAAACAGAUGACAUGUAGGUAACUAACCUAUACCUAUUAUGUCAUACGAACACUUGACAUGUGCAAUAGAACAUGCACAAUGUAAUAUUUAUGACUACUGAUUAAUGGCAUAGUCUACUCUGUUAUAUUAUAGAUUGUGUGUAUACGCUAUGUAAACAUUGAGAACUGUAUAGUGCUUACGUUACCUGCUUUUCUAUUUACUAUGAAUGAGCUUGCUGUAUUUUGCAAGCACCUUAGUUCCAUUUCCAGAAGGAUGUUUAACCCAACAGGACUUCAAAGCAUUAUGUUGCUCACUUGCCACAAAUUAGCUGCAUUAGUUACUGUAUGAUAGAUCUAACAAAAGUAUUAUUAUUUUUAUUGUUAUUAUUAUUAUUAUUAUUAUUAUUUUUCAAGAAUUGGCCUUGUAAUGUUUUCAUGGGAUUGUAGCCUCCCCUUGGUCCAGAUCAGAUGUUCAGCAGAUUAAUAUGACUAGCCUCAAAGUUGCCACUUAUGUGUUGGUUUGUACCAGGGAUAAAGUUUAAAAAAAAAGUGUGUGUACCUUUAGUUUACUGUGUGGAUUUCUAUAUUCUGUACAAUCUUUGCAGUAUAUUUAAAAGAAGGAUUUGGGGGUUUAAAAGAUCACAAACUGGGAUUAGCAAUGGGAAAGUGAGAUGGAUGGAUUGUGUGCCAUGGUUAAAAGAUCCUGGUGAGUCUGCUUCACGCUGCAGUAUGGGGUUAGCAAUUGUAAUGGAGCACUGAUUUACACAUAUGGAUAUCAAAUAUAGGCUCCUGUUCAUACUGUAUACAGACAAUUAAAAUAAACCACCCUUAUGACAGUUAAAGUGUACAGUGUUUUCAUCAGCUGUAUUAUCAGGAGAAUGAAUGAAUGGAUGAUGAUGAUGAAGGUUAAAGAGGAUCAGGGAUGGUGUGACCUUUCAAGCCAACCAUACAUAAGGCAGGUUAACGUACAUUCUACUUAUAAUCAGAAUUAAUUGAAUAAAUACGGCAGCGUUUGGCGUUUGAAAGGAGGUUGAGUGCUCAGAGUAGAAAAGCGCUAUAAGAACCAGUCCAUUUACCAUAAAACUGAAUCAUAAUAUUCCAGCUCCAAUGUAAACUGAAUUUGCUUUGUACUGUCAAGUUUGCGUUGAUGGGUGUACGUGGACAUCGAGGUGAGUUUUUAGGGACAAAGGUGCAACUGUUACUAAUUUAUAAUUGACCUGCUAUUAAGACAGGGAAGCCUUUACAGUAGCUCACUGAAAAGAGAUAUAUCCCAUUACAUUCCUCAGAUUAAAUAU